CUCAGCUAUCUCCACCACAUCAACUAGUGACCGUCAAGUGGUGGCGUGAAUCACUCCUAGAUACCUGGGGCCAUUUGAAUAGGUUUUUAAUCGUUUGGACGAGUGGCUGGAGGAUAAGAUGGCCAGGGCUGGAGGUAUUUUGAAGUUGGCAGCGGUCAUCUUUGCCUUCCUCCUUGUCCUCUUCAUGGCUUUUCAGCUGCUGGAGAUAAACAUGGACUUCAAGCUUGGCAACAUGAUUUCAAGAUCUAUGCCAUCCAAUGAAGUCUCAGCGAAGCCAGUCAGGUACAAGUGUGGGCUGUCCAAGGCAUGUCCACUCGGACACUUCGCCUUCAGGAUGGCGAGUGGAGCGGCCAGUGUGGUGGGACCCAGAAUCUGCCUGGAGGACAAAUUAAUAAUGAGCGCUGUGAAGAACAACGUGGGGAGAGGAGUCAACAUCGCCCUGGUCAAUGGGAGAACAGGAGAAGUCAUCAAGACCGAUUUUUUUGAUAUGUGGGGAGGAGAUGUGGCUCCCUUCAUUCAAUUCCUGAAGGUAAUCGAGGAAGGGACCGUCGUCAUGAUGGCCUCAUUUGAUGAUCCAUCCACAAAACUCAACGAUGAAGCCAAGAAGCUAAUUGCUGAUCUGGGCAGCACGGCUAUCAGUAAUCUGGGCUUCCGCGACAACUGGGUCUUUGUGGGGGGGAAAGGCAUCAAGACCAAGAGUCCAUUUGAGCUGCAUAUAAAGAACAACGGAGACACCAACAAAUUCGAGGGAUGGCCCGACGUGCUGGAGAUGGAGGGCUGCGUGCCUCAGAGGCAGAACUGACCCGAGACCUCGCUGUGAUUGCCGGCGUCCUGACAUUCCUGUACUCGCAUGACUUUUGAGCGUCUUUGGGCUGAGGUCGUUUUUUUAUAUAGCUUUCACCUCCAAGCUUGUUCUUCACAUUUGCCUACUAGAAUUUAAAAAAAAAAAAAACAUUCCAGAAGAUGCUACAAGAGAAGAGGAGAUGCUGUGAAACUUCGGUCUGACCUGAGCUGGAAUGUGAAGCUUGGACCUUUUGUUUGCUCGCAUUUCUGCAAUGUAGACGCUUAUUGGGAAGGAAGGAAGUAAAAGGUAGAGUGCACUGAUUCAAAUGGACUUCCAUUUGGUUAUCGGUGUACUAUCAAACUUUCUAUCUGUAACGCCCACAGACUCGGCUGUGAUAGUGUUGCCUAAUUGCACUGUUGCUGACAGAAAUGGAUAUCAUAGCCCAGAUUUUUGGGAGGCUAAGUUUCCAUCACCUGUUCCCUGCCUUAAUCUCAUGAUUGUAUUCCUGGUUUUAAACAGACAUGACUUUGUGAUUCCUUUUGUUCCUUUCAGACGGAGUUUUUUUUUCUGAAAAAAUGAUUAUUAAUAACAGGGUUUGAGGAUGCUUCUUAUUGUUAUAUUGUAACCAAAUGUACCAAAUUCACUGUGAAAUGUGUAAAUAUUUGUGUAGGGAAUAAUCUCAAAGAUCUUAAUUUAAUGACCAUUGUAACAAUAAUAUUUCUUAAAAUAAAUGAUAUUGGUAGCGGUG